UUUAUAUCGCAUUCGCAAUCUGUGAACUGUGAGAAUUGGAAGUUUAUUUGUGACUGAUACUUGCCAAUCUGCACGUCACUGAAAUGUAUUAUUGGCAAAACUAUUGAAUCGGCAUGAUUGUAAAGCAAAUGUAUCAUUCAUAGGUUUGGAAAACAUUAUCGUGUGACCUGUAUCACUUGCUAUUUAUAAAUUAAAAAUUGCGAGUGCUAUCCUCAUAGAAUCAUAUGGAUCUAUAGCUAUGUGUAUUUCAAUUUUCACAUGGGCCGUGAUUGCGCGGGAGUUUUGAGUUAUCAGAGUGUACUUUUAUGAAGAACAGUGAAUUGUAUUCGUAUCACUGUUGAGCCAGUGUAUUGCGAGUGGUCGUGGUGAAACGGUGAAAGUAACUUAGUAAUGUGGCUGUGCAGUAUAGGUGACGUCGCCAGUGCACCAACCUGCCUAUGCCCUUGUAUGAUUGGCAACACACCAUAGUGUGUGCGAUCGAUAUUCUUCCGUAUUAAGCAAUUCGAAGAAUUUAUACAAUUAAAGUUAAUUAUUCAAGAUGACAUUCACAAUGGAAGAAGGCGGAUUCGGGGUAGGAGACUAUGUGGCUUUCGGGGUUUUGUGCGUUGCGUCCUGCGCUGGUGGGAUGUGGUACAGCGCCGUCGGCUCACGAGCUAAAGCCGUGGUGGACAUCAAAGAUUAUCUGCUCGGAGGACGAGCGAUGUCCACAUUUCCUGUUGCAAUGUCACUUAUAGCCUCGUACGUAUCAGGAGUGACAAUUUUGGGAACACCGGCUGAAAUCUACAACUACGGUACACAGUACUGGCUUGUAGUGGUAGGGGUGACGCUUAGCUGUAUUGUGGUCGCCACAGUAUAUUUACCAGUAUUCUGCACCCUGAGGCUGUCCUCCUCAUAUGAGUAUUUAGAGUUAAGAUUCAACCGCCAUGUUCGAGCUGUGGCAUCGGUACUUUUCCUAUUGGACGAGGUAUUAUUCUUGCCAAUGGUGGUUUAUGUACCUGCGUUGGCUUUUAAUCAAUUGACGGGCUUGAAUGUAUUUGCGGUGGGCGGCGCUAUGGUACUAAUAUGCGGUGUUUAUACAGUAUUAGGAGGUCUCCGUGCAGUUGUUUGGACAGACUCCGUACAGACCGGCAUAAUGUUCAUAGGCGUGGUAUUGGUAGCCUCAGCUGGUACGCUUGCCGUCGGCGGAGUCAAGUCUGUGAUUAGUAUAGCCAAUGAAUCCGGAAGGCUCGAUUUAUCAAACUGGAGCUUUUCUCCGUACGAGCGUCAGACAGGAUGGGGUGCGCUAGUGGGCGGUUUUCUCUACUGGACUUGCUUUAACUCUGUCAAUCAAACUAUGGUGCAACGAUACAUAGCUUUACCUUCUAAACGACAAGCAAUUAUUGCUUUAGGUAUAUUCUGCGUUGGCGCUAUUCUGGCGAUAUCGUUGUGUGUAUGGUGCGGAUUGGCUGCGUGGGCUACUUGGGUCCUCGGCGGCUGUCACCCUGGCGGGGUACCGUUGGUGAAUGACAGACUGCUGCCAGCGUUCGUCACAUAUGUCGCCAAGAUUCAACAUCUACCCGGGUUGGCGGGUGUAUUUCUAGCAGGAGUAUUCGGUGCUGGGCUGAGUUCAUUGUCGGCAGUGCUGAAUGCGUGCGCCCUGGUGGCAGUUGAGGACAUUCUGCAUGGCUGGCUGCGGCUGCGGCUGAAGCCUCUAACAGAGGGACUGCUGGCGCGCUCGGUGACUGCGCUGUUGGCGAUCAUCUCCAUCGUCAUGUUGGUUGUUAUUGCUAAGCUUGGUGGUGUACUCGGUGUAGCAACAGCGCUCUCAGCUAUCGCCGCCAGUGCUACAUGUGGGGUAUUCACCCUUGGCAUGGCGUGUUGGUGGGUAGGACCAAGGGGGGCCAUAUUCGGGGCCAUCGCUGGAGCACUGGUUGCGGGCACGACGUCACUAGGCACGCAGGCCGCCGCCGCCAGCGGCCUUAGGGCGCCGCCGUUAAAUCUAACCGCAGAAUGCGCGGCUAACUCCACCUUUAGCUUUCAAUCUGUGGACCCAGAGACAAUCUUCCCUCUGUUCCGUGUGUCUUACCACUGGAUCGCUCCAUUGGGUUUAUUCUCAACGUUGCUAGUUGGCGCUAUUGUCGGAUAUUUCUUUGACAAGCAUGAUUCUUCUAAGAUGGACGCCGAGCUAUUCACGCCUGUUGUCUGGAGGUGGCUUCCAGCCGACUCCCACGAGAUGGCAGGAGAAACUCGACGUAUUAUGGCCGCUAAAGCGGUCGAUUCACCAGCGCCGUCUGCUCCCUUAAUUCUCAACAGAAUAAAUAAGGUCGAUGUUAGUGAUGAGACCAGUAAAUGAAGUGAAGUGAGGUGAGCUGUGAUAUAAAUAAGAAUGGACUUGUAGUAGUACUAAAAAGAAAUACUUCUUAAAGAAGUCCUUAUAUUUAAUGAUAAAUAUACCUAUAUUUAUCUAUAAAAUGUUGUCAAAAUAUUGUAUUGAGGUGCUAGAUUUAAUAAAUAAAAUCAUAGGUAAAUAUAUACAAUUUUCAAAACUGUCUAAAAAAAUAUUUAGGUACACUUAAUAUUUAUACUACUUAAUUAUUAACUUAAUAGUUAAAUUUACAUUGACGUACAAAUUUUUCAGUUCGAUUUAUGACCAGUAAAUGAGAAAAGAAUGAUACUGUUUUGACUUUUAAUUAAAUUAUAAGAUGUUU